CUUUCUGUCUCAGGAGAACUGCGCGAGUAAGUUCCUUCAGGCAAAGCUAAGAUAAAAAUCAGACAUGUUGGCACAAAAGCAGCGUCACAGGAGCGAUGGGAACAUUUCAGAGAGUGUCAGCGGCGACCGCGGGUGGUUUUGCGCUGCCGUGCGUCAAGAGACGGAUUCAUAGGACGCGCAUCUACCCACGAGCUCGCGCGGAGAGCACAACCAACUUCUGCGGCGCGUGACUUCAUAACGCACCCGCUCCGGAGCUUUUAAACUUUAUGUACUGGAGGAAUAAUCACAACACGGCAACAAUGACAGUGACUUUCCUUGGCUUAUAAUAAUAAUAACAACGCAUUGCCACUUUUGAAUCUCGUUUCUGACGGAAUUUUGGUGAGAGGUAAAGGACACGGAUUUUUGGGGGACCGCACCAAGGCUAAUCUGCUAACGAACCAUUUAUAUUAUCACAUGACUUUCCAGAGGAUUAUGAUAUUUAUUCAAGAACUUCUCAAACUAGACUAUUCAUUAUGUCGUUUUUGAACAGUAUACUACUACCCAGAAAGCCAAAGAUGACCGCUUUACGGAUGGCGUUACUGCACGCGCUCCUCGCCGCGUCUCUCCAUGGAGUGUGUGAGAGCAGGGGCGGAGGUAGCGAUCCCGUGCCCAGGUUCUCUUCAUCCUUGCCAACGUACCUCCCUGUGUCCUGCCAACUGCAGGGUGCAGAGUCAUCCUUCUUUCUCCGGGAGGCCACACAGGAAGUGAUGCGUAACGGGAGCUUGCAGACACGCAGUGAACCCCUGUUUCUCCACUUGCCAGAUGCUGGUCCAGCUUCCCUCUUAUCGGUCAACUGUAGCUACGGAAACCUCACCGCAGAGUCGCCAGUACCACCAGAACUCCUUCAAGGGGCGCUGCCACGGUCCUUCCACACCUCGUCACACCUCACGCUGGGGUGGAAGGUGAGAGCGCACCUUGUGAGCCGGAGGAUAGGAGUCGAACGCUCUCAAAUCCAGGUGUUGUUUUACCUGGCGGGCCGCAGGUGGGAGGAUAUGGACCCUCCUGCGGAACUGCUCCCAUGUAUUCAUGUUGUUGGGGUUCGGGAUCCGGGGGAAGGUUCUGUAUCCACUGCUUGCCGACUGGAGGGAAACCUGGGCAUCUGUGUAGCCCAACUUAGCAUCCCUACGAGUUGGUUCAAUGCUCCUCCACCACGUAGACGCGCACAGGAGCCCACUCCCAUCACGGUGGAGUUGCAUUACUCCAUCUCUCCUCCAGAGGCCCUCGGGAAGGAGUGUGUUGCAGGGAGGGUACAAGGAAAGACUGUAGGGCAGGAAGGGGAUAUGCAGAGGAUUGGGACAGUGACUCUCACCACUGGGGACAACAAAGCACCCAGAACCCGACUUAGACUUGAUGGAGAUGUGGAGAUUCUGGCACCCCCCAGCCCAGUGAAACAGGGACAGACUGUGGGAUUUCAAGUACUAAUGAAUCCUGCUGCCACCACUGAACAGUUCACACUCAGGUAG